GCCGCGGAUGGGCGGCGCAAGCCAGCGUGCGAGCGAUCAGCCAGUGCAGCUUUGUGCGCAUGUUCUGCUUGGAUGUGUAACUGUGCAGCUCAUCAUCAUUACAUGGUUGAUGUCCAACUGGAAGACGCGAAUAUUUGCAGAAUAACAGCGUUCAGAGAUCGGAAAUAUCGACAAAUCAGGUGACAUCAUGAGCAAAGUGCAGGGAGGGAUGAAAUGCGUGAAAUAUCUGCUUUUCAUGUUCAACUUCAUCUUUUGGCUGUCGGGCCUGUUGGUGCUGGCUGUGGGACUUUGGCUCAGGUUUGACCCAGAAACAGUGGAGCUCCUGACGGGUGAUAGCGCCCCUGACACCUUCUUCAUAGCUGUGUACAUCCUUCUCAGUGCAGGAGGGUUGAUGAUGAUCGUCGGGUUUUUUGGUUGUUUUGGGGCUGUACGUGAGUCUCAGUGUCUUCUUGCAUCGUUCUUUGCUUGCCUUCUGAUAAUCUUUGGAGCAGAGGUUUCCGCUGGUGUGUUUGGAUUCAUGAACAAGGAACAGAUUGUUGAGGAAGUCCAAAAGUUUUACAGCAGCUCCUACAGCGCUGACCUCUCCAAUCCGAAUGGCACCGCAAUCGCAUUAAUUUACCACAAAACUCUGAACUGUUGUGGAGGUUCCGCAUCGGACACGUCUAACACACUUUGUGAAGAGGCCGACACGAACACCCAGGACUGUCUCACUGCAAUAACAGACUUCUUCAAUGAAAAGCUGCAUAUUAUUGGAUACGUUGGGAUUGGGAUCGCAGGAGUAAUGAUCAUAGGAAUGAUCUUCAGUAUGGUUCUGUGUUGUGCCAUCAGGAACAACAGGGAGGUUUUAUAGAUGAGUGAUCUGGUGGGGGAGUUCACUGAAUAUCACAAAGAGAGAGUACAAUACAUCCCAGUUGUCUGCGGGCCAAAUUCCACACAAUACGCUGGAUCGUUAUCUUCACACCUUCUCCUCAACUCCACCAGCACUGAAAAUGUAUUUCUCUGUUCUUUUCUGUAACACAUGCUCUGCAUUUUGGCACAACUCUGUGACAUUCCUCAGUUUUAACAUAUUUUUGUUACACAGUGCUGCACUGUAGCUACAACACAGUACAUGAAGCCUUCUUUGACACAGGAAUGUUGUGGCUGCUGUAAAUAUGGACAGCUAUUUUAUGCACCUACUCUUAA